AUGAUCAAGAAUUCUGCACCUAUAAAGGUGGCUGUCCUUGUCUACAUUACUAUACAUGGUGUAAUUUCCUCUGUUUUCCUCUUCCUCUUUAGAUUCCUAUUCUUUCCAACCGAAGCAGUUCCACUUUACAGUUCUCAUUGCUGCACAGACUCUCUCAAAUUCGAACCAAACAGAACCUUCCAAACCAACCUCAACCUCCUCCUCUCUUCACUUACUUCCAACGCCACAGAAGGCAGCCAUUUCUACAGGACAAGAGUUGGCAGCACCGCUCCUAACGCUGUCACCGGCCUCUUCCUCUGCCGAGGCGACACACUCUCCGCAGCUUGCCACGACUGCGUAGCGGCCGCAGCCACCGAGAUCAAACGGAGGUGCCCAGUUGAGAAAGAGGCCAUAAUAUGGUACGACAUAUGCAUGCUACGUUACUCCAACCAAUCGAUCCUGAACAACAUAGUACCAGGAGUGGACUUAUUCGAUGCAAAGAACGUGUCUGUGAAAGAGCUUAAACGGUUCAACGAGUUGCUGGCUAAUUUGUUAAACGGUCUUGCAUCCAAAGCUGCAAAUUCCAUGGAGGAUAAUAAGUUUGCAACAGGGGAAGUAAACCUCACAAGCACAGAGACUCUUUAUGGAUUGGUGCAGUGUACUCCUGAUUUGUCCUUGUUUGAUUGCAACAUGUGUUUCAGCAGCGCCAUUGCUUCUGUUCCGAAUUGCUGUGAUGGAAAACGAGGAGCGAGGGUGUUGCUUCCAGGCUGCAAUAUUAGAUAUGAGGUCUACCCUUUUUACAAUAGCACCAAAUCACUGACUCCAUCGGUUCUUCAAUCUCGCCAUUCAGGAAGGAAGUGUUGAAGUAUUUCUAGCAUUUGUUAUUCCAAUUGUUGCUGCUAUGGUGCUGUUUACUUUUGGUAUAUAUUCUGCCAUGCGAAAGCAAGGAAGAGAUGUGAUACAAUUGUGGAAGAAAACGGUGAUAUAUAGCUAAUAACUAUAAGAUAUUUCUUCAAUUGCUUAGUUGGUUAGUUAGGGUUGUAACUGUUUUCCUUUUGAGGUUGAAUGAAAACAGAAUUUUUCUGGGA